AUGGACCAGAAUGCAUACAUUUAUGGAAGCAUCGGCGAACACCAGAUCGUGAUUGCUAGCUUACCGACUGGCGCAAAUGGCACCACAUCAGCUGCAACGGUUGGGAUGCAGUUGCUGUCUAGUUUUCACGCCAUCCGCUUCGGUUUUAUGGUUGGUAUCGGUGGCGGAGUACCAAACACCAAGGCAGACAUUCGACUCGGAGAUAUUGUCGUGAGCCAGCCGACGGACACUUCUGGGGGCGUGAUCCAGUACGAUUUGGGUAAAGCGCUAAGCGGCGGCUAA